GCCUGCCUGCCCGCCUGCCUGCUGCUCGCCGUCCUCUCCUCUCGCCUCCUCCUUCGGCCCUCCUCUCCCUCUUCCCUCUCGCCUCCCUCCGCUCCCUGGGUCUCUCCCAGCGCGUCUCCCUCCGCUGUCAGCCGCCCGGGCGCGCACAGCCCGGCCUCUCCUCCCUCGGCAGGUCCCGGCUCUGCGCCCUCCGCCCCUCCCCAGAGAAGCGGCCGGCUCCUCCCGGGGCCGCAGCCUCCGCGCCUUCCCUGCCCACCUACCAUGAGGAGCAGCUCCUCCCACCUGCCCAUAAAAGACAAGCGCAUGUUACCCGCGGCGGAUCAGAGCGCUUCCCCGGUCCUCUCCGCGGGAGCCCGCGAGCCUGUCUCCUUGACCCCGGGAGCCCAAGAAGCUGUCCUGGAAGCCAAGCAACAUCCAGUGAAGACGCAGAAAGCAGCCCCAGGGGCGCCGCAGAAAGGCACAGGCACGGACACGGGUCCUCAGUUCUGACGGGCAGCCGAGUUUAAAUGUGAUGGCUGUACCACCCGGUCCUCUGCAGCUGCUGGGAGCGCUACUCGCCAUCUCCCUGAGCUUCGUCAGGCUCAUCCAGGCUGGGGCCUACUACGGGAUCAAGCCGCUGCCUCCUCAGAUUCCUCCGCAGCUGCCACCGCAAAUCCCACAGUACCAGCCCCUGGGCCAGCAAGUACCUCAUGUGCCUCUGGGCAAAGAUGGCCUGGCCAUGGGCAAAGAGCUGCCUCACUUGCCGUAUGGCAAGGAGUAUCCACACUUACCCCAGUAUAUGAAGGAGAUUCAACCAGUGCCAAGGAUGGGCAAGGAGACAGUACCCAAGAAGGGCAAAGUAGAAAUACCAUUAGCCAGUUUACGAGGAGAGCAAGGUCCUCGUGGAGAACCUGGCCCAAGAGGACCGCCUGGACCCCCUGGUUUGCCAGGUCAUGGGAUACCUGGAAUCAAAGGAAAACCAGGGCCACAAGGCUAUCCAGGAGUUGGAAAGCCAGGUAUGCCUGGAAUGCCAGGGAAGCCAGGAGCCAUGGGAAUGCCUGGAGCAAAAGGUGAAAUUGGACCCAAAGGGGAAAUUGGGCCUAUGGGGGUUCCAGGACCACAAGGACCUCCAGGGCCGCAUGGACUUCCUGGCAUUGGGAAGCCAGGUGGACCAGGAUUACCAGGACAGCCAGGAGCAAAGGGUGAACGUGGACCCAAAGGACCACCAGGACCUCCAGGUCUCCAGGGACCUAAAGGAGAGAAGGGUUUUGGGAUGCCAGGUUUGCCAGGUCUGAAGGGCCCUCCAGGAAUGCAUGGCCCUCCUGGCCCUGUUGGACUUCCAGGAGUGGGAAAACCAGGAGUCACAGGCUUCCCUGGGCCCCAGGGCCCUCUGGGGAAGCCAGGGCCUCCAGGGGAACCUGGCCCACAAGGACCUAUUGGAGUACCAGGUGUUCAAGGACCUCCUGGGAUGCCUGGACUUGGAAAACCAGGCCAGGAUGGGAUCCCUGGCCAGCCAGGGUUUCCAGGUGGCAAAGGGGAGCAAGGACUACCAGGAGUUCCAGGACCCCCAGGCCUUCCAGGGGUUGGGAAACCAGGUUUCCCAGGGCCCAAAGGUGACAGGGGCAUGGGGGGUAUUCCAGGGGCUCUUGGACCCAGAGGGGAGAAAGGGCCAGCAGGUGCCCCUGGAAUAGGGGGUCCUCCAGGAGAGCCAGGCCUGCCUGGAAUCCCCGGCCCUAUGGGCCCCCCAGGCGCUAUUGGUUUCCCUGGGCCCAAAGGAGAAGGUGGGAUUGUAGGGCCACAGGGUCCACCAGGUCCCAAGGGUGAGCCAGGGCUUCAAGGUUUCCCAGGAAAGCCAGGUUUCCUUGGUGAAGUGGGGCCCCCUGGCAUGAGAGGUUUGCCAGGUCCCAUAGGGCCUAAGGGAGAACCUGGCCACAAAGGAUUGCCCGGGCUCCCUGGUGUUCCAGGGCUUCUUGGGCCCAAGGGAGAACCAGGCAUCCCAGGGGGUCAGGGUCUCCAGGGGCCCCCAGGUAUCCCUGGAAUUGUAGGCCCGAGUGGCCCCAUUGGGCCACCUGGAGUUCCAGGUCCUAAAGGGGAACCAGGCCUCCCUGGGCCCCCCGGCUUCCCUGGUGUCGGGAAGCCUGGAGCCGCAGGGCUUCACGGGCCCCCAGGGAAGCCAGGCGCCCUUGGUCCUCAAGGCCAGCCUGGCCUUCCAGGGCCCCCAGGACCUCCAGGACCACCUGGUCCCCCAGCUGUGAUGCCUCCUACGCCACCCCCCCACGGAGAGUAUCUGCCAGAUAUGGGGGUAGGAAUCGAUGGCGCGAAGCCCCCUCACGCCUACGGGGCUAAGAAAGGUAAGAAUGGAGGGCCAGCCUACGAGAUGCCCGCAUUUACCGCAGAGCUGACGGCACCCUUCCCGCCAGUGGGGGCCCCGGUGAAGUUUGACAAGCUGCUCUAUAACGGCAGACAGAACUACAACCCACAGACGGGCAUCUUCACCUGUGAGGUCCCUGGCGUCUACUACUUUGCCUACCAUGUUCACUGCAAGGGCGGCAAUGUGUGGGUCGCUCUCUUCAAGAACAACGAGCCCGUGAUGUACACGUACGACGAGUACAAGAAGGGUUUUCUGGACCAGGCGUCCGGGAGCGCCGUGCUGCUGCUCAGGCCCGGGGACAGGGUGUUCCUGCAGAUGCCCUCGGAACAGGCUGCGGGGCUGUACGCUGGGCAGUACGUGCAUUCCUCCUUUUCAGGGUAUUUAUUGUAUCCCAUGUAAAAAAGGAAGAGAGAGAGAUCUAAUAGAAGAAAACAAUGAGACUGAGAAACACAAUUGCUUCAAAGCAUUUAUAUAGUUGGAAAGUUAUAUUUAAGUGAAAAUUUGGACAGUCUUGUACAAAUAAAAACUAAGAUGCAUGUUUAAUACUCCGCACAGCAGCUUGUAAUUGAAGAUGAUGGGAUAGAUUUAUAUAUCAAGUACUGACACUUACGUUGUACCCACUGGAAUCAUGUUAGCUGUUGUAUGUUAUAUGUUUCCAUGAUAACCUGCUUAUUCAGAUCAGCCAAAAUAGGUCAGUAUGAAAGAUCAUAGCUAAUGAAAGUCACCCACUCAUACUGUUUCUUUUAAAGUAUUUAUAAAUAUGCCUUAGAGAAAUGUCAACAAUGACAUACUGUUUUUACUUGCAUAAUUUUCUCUCCAUCCGUGCAGAUGCCUUGCCAUGGAAUGUACGUGUGGCAGGGGGCAGGGCGUCUGUAGUGAUACUGUCUCAGUAGUGUCAGGGGCUCUCUGAAAGAACUGGUGAACCAGUCCAUAUAUGUACUCAGCACCAUAUAUGUACGCCAUAUAUGUACUCAGCACCUUCUCUGUGUAGGGAGCACCAAGAUGCUAGCAUGGGACCUGAGCCCACACGGAGCUAACAAACCAGCUGGGAGACAUGAGUAAUGAUUCAUUCAUUCAUUCAUUCAUUCAUCCCUCAAAGGUCUUCUUCCCCUCCCCCAUGAUUUAUUUCUGUUUCUCCUUCUGUAUAAUCUCUUUCCACUACGGUCCUAUCCAUAUAAACACCAGGAAGCUGUAAGGAAAACCAAGUAACCCUUCCUCUACAGUACAACUUGCCAGUUUUGCAGAAUGUUUACUGUUAAUAGCAGAUACUGUGUUUACAUGCGUUAAAAUUCCCCUCCCUUGUCUCUCUGCAUGUACAACCACAACGAGGUGUUGGUCAUGGAGAUAUCGGGAUUUUUAGCAGCUGUGAGUUGAAGAAGUUUCCCAAUUCAGUGGGUUGCAAACUGAUGUGUCAUCUCACCUUCUAAAGUCAGUUUCCAAAAUCCAAACCAUUUUUUAAGGGAAAAAAAUCAGAAUUCAUAGGAAGAAAAUGUGUACUUAAGAAAUAAUUAUGAAAUCUGAUGUUUAAUAAUAGGUUGAUGUUUCCAGGUGAUGGGUGAUGAUCCUAAAAUUGCAGGAGAAUAUCUGUUUCUCUAGCAGCAGCCGUGGAAGAGAUAGCUAAAGUGUCACACAGUAGUAACAGCCCAUGUCUUUUAUGUCUCCCCAUACUCAGCACAAGUCAACACUAAAACAGUCUGACGGAAAUAACUAUUUUCCCAGGUUUUCCACUCACGCAUAUACUAACUAGCAUUGCUCAGAACACAGACAAGCCAUUUCAAGCCCACUGUUACCCACCAUGGACACUAUAAGCCUCUUGAGGAAAUAAAGUUGGACUAUGGGAGCAGAAUUUUAUAUAUUUUUAUUAAAAAUUAAAAGACUGAGGAGUAGAUGGAUAGAUACAGAUGUAAAAAUACCCAAAUAAAUACUACAUAAAAGCACAUGGAAAUGUGUCUAUGUCAAAUCCGAAUCAGCAGUAGAGCUCUUAGCAUGAACGAGACCCUUAUAAGCAUCAACCCCACAAAAAGAGUCAUUUUUACUAUCACAAAAAUUCUUGGUCUAAAAAGUGUCUUUUUCCUAGAUAGUAUACAGUACCAUUUCUUUUCAAUUCUUAAGAAAAAUUAGUUCAUUACCACAAGAUUUCCUAUUUACUGCUGAUUCUGUAACACAUUUUUCCAUCAGAAAGAUCUCCUAUUCAACCUUCAUUUUCAAAGCAGGUAGCACUUAAGUGGCCAAGUAUCCUUUUGGUUGGUUUGAUGUUGCUGGUGACUACAGAGGUAACAUGGAUAGCUCCUUCUGCUGAAUAGCUACAUUGAAACGACUCGUAGGCAUGUAAUACCAACUGAUUUGUAAAACUGUAUUUAUCUGUACAUGUAUGGACUAUUCAUUCCCAACAAGAGAGAAAUUACCUCUUUAGUUAAAACCAAGUUUCACUUUUCAAAA